AUGAUUUCCCGGCGAUUUCUACCGGCGACGUACAAGCUCCGUCGUAGUUUCCGAUCAGACGCGGCGCUCGAAGCCAUAACCAACGCGUUGGAAGAGAAAGUACCAAACUUGAUUCUAUACAAUUACCCUUCCUUCUCCGGCGCUUUCUCAGCUCUCUUCGCUCAUCUCCACCACUCUCGUCUCCGCCUCCCUUCUCUCAUCUUGCCCUUCUCUUCCGUCGUGCCCUUUAGUGUCAAAGAUCUCUCCUUGGAGAGGUUCGAGAGGUGUUACCUCCUCGAUUUCGUUGCUCCUAAAGACUUUACUGCUAUAACUACAGAUUGCGAGGUUAUAUGUUUUGAUCAUCGGAAGUCAGCAGCUUUGGAGAUUGGUUUAGUGAAGAAGAGGGUUAAUGUUAAGGUUAAUGUUGAUGUUGACAAGAGUAGCUCAAAGGCUGUGUAUGAAUAUUUCUCUAGUAAACUCACAUCUUCUGAGGGGGAGUCUCUCAGUUUGUUAGAUGAUGGAGAUAGAAUUCGUGUUGAAUCGGUUCUUGAUUACAUUGAAGAUAUUGAUCUUAGACGAUGGAGAUUGCCAGAUAUCAAGGCUUUCAGCUUUGGAUUAAAGGAGUGGCGGUCAAGGGUUAACUGCAUCACGAAUCCGAACAUGUAUGAACAGCUGUUGAGGAUCAGUUCAGAGGAUCUCAUUGCUUACGGGAAUUCCUAUUUUUCAAAUCGGCUUGUUGAUGCAAAGAGAGUGCUGAAGCAGAAUAAAGUUUUUAAGAUCAGAUUAGGAAGAGGGUUUUAUGGAGAAUGCCUGGGAAUGCGUGCAGAUGGUAACCAUGAACUAAGCGAUGAACUAGGGAAGCUACUUAGUCUACAAAGUGCUGCAGCUGGUUUGAGCAGGCCAAUAGGAGCUGUUACGUUCAUGCAACGGAACAAUCUCAAAAUGUGCUUGAGAAGUACUGACGAUACUACAGAUACAUCUGAAGUUGCUAAGGCUUAUGGUGGAGGUGGAACUUGUUGUUCAAGCUCAUUCAUCAUAAGAAUGGAUGAAUAUAAUCAAUGGAGUGCGGUGAAUCCAACAUGAGAACACACACACUCCUCAAGAGACCGAUCUCAAAUCUCAUGUCUAUGACCUUUUUGCCCAAAAGGCUGAUUAAGUUAUAAAUAGCUGAAGAAGGAGAGUAGUUUUCUUUUCUUGAACCGGUUUUGUUCGGGGGUAAACCGGUAAAAGAUAGCAUAACCGGCCUUACAUUUCGGUUCAGUUUGUAAUAUGGCUACGGUUUUGUUUCAUCCUUGAAUUACAAACUAGUCGAUUUCGUCAAACGACGUCGUUUCAUAAGCCUUCGUGUACAUUUUUGUAACCGAGCAUUUUUAUC